AGGGAGAGUGAACUAGUAAAAAAAAAAAGAAAAAAAAAAGGCAAGAAGUGAAUCUUAUACAUGAACCGGGGUGGAUUGAACCAUAACCAGGUAUAAUCAAAUCAUUAAACCCGGUUCAAUGUCAAAAACUAAUCGAACCGGAUUUGUUUUGAUAAAAGCCCUAACCUAAAGAGUAUCGUCUCGUGCUUUUUUUAUUUUUUCCCGGGUUUUCGCUUCUCGUCGUUCCCACUCUCAGCUCUCUAAACAAACUGUAGCGUUGGGAAUCGCGAUUCACAGAAUCUAGGGUUUUUUUCUUUCUUAUGGUACGAUUCUGGACUAUCGGUUUCACUCGUCCAGGUUAACCUUUGACUUGACCAAUGUCUGAACGCCGCGCUAAGCGACUCAAAAUCUCCAGAGGAGAAGAUGAUUUUCUCCCUGGGAACAUUAUCGAAAUCGAGCUUCACAACUUCAUGACUUUCAACCACCUCGUUUGCAAGCCUGGUUCCCGUUUAAACCUCGUCAUUGGACCAAACGGGUCAGGUAAAAGCUCCCUCGUCUGCGCCAUCGCGCUUUGUCUCGGUGGGGAGCCUCAGCUUCUCGGUAGAGCGACUAGCGUCGGCGCUUACGUUAAGCGUGGGGAGGAUUCUGGUUACGUUAAGAUAACUCUCAGAGGGAAAACUAGUGAGGAGAAGUUCACGAUUUUUAGGAAGAUUGAUACGAGGAACAAGUCUGAGUGGAUGUUUAAUGGGAACUCUGUUAGUAAGAGAGAGGUUGUUGAGGUUAUUCAGAAGUUUAACAUUCAGGUUAAUAAUCUGACGCAGUUUCUGCCGCAAGAUAGGGUUUGUGAGUUUGCUAAGCUGACGCCUGUGCAGCUUUUGGAGGAGACUGAGAAAGCUGUUGGUGAUCCUCAGUUGCCUGUUCAUCACCGUGACCUUGUUGAGAAGAGCCGUGAGCUGAAGCAGCUUGAGAGAGCUGUGGCGAAGAAUGGGGAGACGCUGACUCAGCUUAAGGCUCUUGUUGAUGAGCAGGAGAAGGAUGUGGAGAGGGUUAAGCAGAGGGAGUUGCUUUUGACGAAGGUUGAUUCGAUGAAGAAGAAGCUGCCAUGGCUGAGGUAUGAUAAGAAGAAGUCGGAGUACCAGGGGGCUAAGAAGAAGUUGAAGGAAGCCGAGAAGAAAUUGGAUGAGGCUGCGAGGAGUUUGAGUAAUGUGAAGGAGCCUGUUGAGAAGCAGAAGAAGGAGAGGGGAGAGAUGGAGUCGAAAUGCAAAAAGGUUAAGAAAGCUCUGGAGACUAAUGGGUAUAAGCGUUCGGAUUUGCUCGAGAAAGAAAAUGAGGCGGAAGCACGAGUAGUCGCAACGUACAAAGAGCUUGAGGAGCUGAAGAAACAAGAAGAGCAUCGCCAAGAGAGGAUUCUGAAAGCUACUGAGGAUCUGGCUGCUGCGGAGCAAGAACUCAAAGACCUGCCUGUAUAUGAGCAACCUGUAGCCAAACUUGAAGAGUUGAAGUCUCAGGUUACAGAGCUGCAUCACAACAUAAACCGGAAGAAGAAUCAGAAGGCGGACAACGAGACCCUCUUGUCUCAGAAAAGACACACCCUGCGGCAAUGCGUAGAUAAGCUGAAGGAGAUGGAGAACGCAAAUAACAAACUCUUGAAUGCGCUGCUUCGCUCUGGAGCUGACAGGAUCUAUGAAGCGUAUCAAUGGGUGCAGCAGAAUCGUCAUGACUUUAAAAGGGAAGUGUAUGGUCCCGUUUUGCUAGAGGUUAACGUCCCAAAUCGAGAGAACGCUUGCUAUUUGGAGGGUCAUAUUUCUUAUUACAUCUGGAAGUCUUUUAUCACUCAGGAUCCCGAGGACAGAGAUUUGUUGGUUAGGAAUCUAAAACGCUUUGAUGUUCCUGUUCUAAACUAUGUGAGAGAUAGCGGCAAUCACUCGGCUCCCUUUCAUAUCUCUGAUCAUAUGCGUUCUCUUGGGCUUCAUUCUCGGCUUGAUCAGAUAUUUGAUGCUCCUAGCGCUGUUAAGGAGGUUUUAACUUCCCAGUUUAGUCUGGAUGACUCAUACAUUGGAUCGAAGAUUACCGAUCAGAGGGCUGAAGAAGUAUCUAAGCUGGGUGUCACUGAUUUUUGGACACCGGACAAUCACUACCGGUGGUCUUCCUCAAGGUACGGUGGACAUUCCUCUGCAAGUGUAGACUCUGUACAUCCAUCACGUCUUCUGUUAUGUGGGAUGGACGUUGGAGAGCUUGAGAAACUGAGAUCAAGAAAGGAGGAACUAGAAGACUCUAUAUCAUCCAUUGAAGAAACUCGCAAGACUCUUCAAACAGAGCAAAGACUGUUGGAAGAAGAAGCAGCUAAACUUCAUAAAGAGAGGGAGGAGAUUAUCAACGUCUCGCAUAUGGAGAAGAAAAAACGCCGCGAGUUGGAAUCUCGUUACCAGCAAAGGAAGAAGAAGCUUGAAUCCUUGGAGCAAGAAGAGGACAUGGAUGCUUCAGUCGCUAAUCUGAUCGAGCAGGCUUCCAAAGCUAACGCUGACCGCUAUGCAUACGCGAUCAAUCUCAAGAAGCUGCUCGUGGAAGCUGCUGCUAAUAAGUGGAGUUACGCGGAGAAGCAUAUGGCUUUGAUUGAGUUGGAAAGAAAAAUCAGAGACUCAGAGAUCAACAUCAAACAAUACGAGAAGACGGCGAAUCAGGCAUCCCUCAGCGUUGAGUAUUGCAAGAAAGAGGUUGAAGAGAAGCAAAUACAGCUAGCAGCUGCCAAGAGAGAUGCAGAAGCUAUCGCAAUCAUCACGCCACAGCUUAAAAAGGAGUUCAUGGAGAUGCCAACCACGAUAGAAGAGCUGGAAGCUGCUAUACAAGACAAUUUCACUCAAGCCAACUCGAUCCUCUUUGUAAACCAGAACAUACUCCAAGAGUAUGAGCAUCGCCAGAGCCAGAUAGAAACUAUUACUACAAAGCUCGAGGCUGAUAAAAGAGACUUGAGCAGAUGCUUGAAAGAAAUCGAAUCUCUGAAGGAGAAAUGGCUUCCAACGCUGAGAAGGCUUGUUGCUCAGAUAAACGAAACUUUCAGCCAUAACUUCCAAGAAAUGGCUGUUGCAGGAGAAGUCUUGCUGGAUGAGCGUGACACUGACUUUGAUCAAUACGGGAUACAUAUCAAAGUGAAGUUCAGGGAAUCUGGGCAGCUUCAGGUUCUAAGCUCUCACCACCAGUCUGGAGGAGAGCGUUCUGUGUCAACCAUCCUCUACCUCGUCUCUCUUCAAGAUCUCACAAACUGUCCUUUCAGAGUUGUUGAUGAGAUUAAUCAAGGUAUGGAUCCUAUAAACGAGAGGAAGAUGUUUCAACAACUGGUUAGAGCUGCAAGCCAACCAAACACACCACAGUGUUUCUUACUGACGCCAAAGCUCUUGCCUGAGCUUGAGUACAGUGAAGCGUGUAGCAUAUUGAACAUCAUGAACGGUCCUUGGAUCGAGCAGCCUUCGCAAGUUUGGAGCUUUGGUGAUAGUUGGGGAAAUCUCAUGAGACGAGCCGAAGCAAGUUAAUGCUCUUGACCUCACCAAAACGCUUUUCUAUUUUAAGUUUUUUUUUUGGAAACCGUGCAUCUAAUGUUUUAUGCUAUUUAACCAACCGGUUCAAUUAGAUUGAACCAUAACCGGUUUAAAUAUGUUACUCGUUGCUUGGUUUACAGUCUUAGUCGAGGUAAUUGAAACAGAUAUUAUGUACCCUACGUCUA